UUUUGUAAAUCGAAAAGUGUUUUAGAUUCAAAUGAUGAUGCUAGUAGUUCAAAAGUUUACGUACAGUCAGCCCAGUCCUCAAGUGGAAAGCGGGCUUAUGACAAAAGGAACAGCUGUUUCUUUUGUCAUAAAGAAUUUUCAAAAUUGGCUAGGCACUUAGAGCAAGUGCAUAAAGACGAGGAGGAAGUGUUGGCUGCCUUGAAGUUCCCCCCUUCUGACAAACGUCGGAAGGAACAAUUUGCAAAGUUAAGAAAAAUGGGGAACUUCAAUCACAACGUGAAAGUGAUGGAAAAGAAAGAUGGAGAGCUGAAAGUCGACCGGAGACCGGGACAAGCAAGAGAAGUUAAGGCGAGCCAAUACUUGCCAUGCACGAUAUGCAAUGGCUUUUUUCUUGCGCAUGAACUCUCUCGACAUGGUGCCACCUGUAUGCGAUCUUGUGAAUCGGACAAAAAAGAAAAGCCAUCUGCCAAGCGCAUGCGAUUUGAUGGAAAGCUGCUGUUAGCUGAAACCAACCUUGAAGCAUGUAGCAAACAGCUCCAAAACGUCCUAUUGAUCAUGGCCCAUGACGAUAUAUCAGCUGUCGCUCAGGCUGACCCUACCAUACUCGCUGUCGGGAGUGAUAUGGUUGAUCAAAAGGGAGUGGAAAAAGCGACAGAGAUAUCCCAAAAGAUGCGGUUACUUGCCCGAGUACUCAUCGAGAUGAGAAAGCUGACUGGAAAACCUGAUGCUUCCUUAUCGACCAUUAUAACCCCCUUGCAUUUCGACUCGUUCCUGCAAUGCGCCAGAAAUCUUGGGGGUUACGUUGUAAAUCAGAAUGGUUCCAGGAAUUUCAAGAGCCCGUCGACCGCGGUGAAGUGCGGGUAUGCCACAAUGACAGCCUGCAAAAUAUUAAGAGGGAAGGCAUUGCGGGAUUGUGACAUGGACAGGAAGAAAGAGGUCGACAAUUUCCUGGAGCUGUAUGAAACAGAAUGGGGCAAAAAAAUUACAUCGCCAGCCCACGACAAUCUCGGGGAGAAGAAGAACAACAAGCCCGAUGUGUUGCCCCUUACCAGCGACCUAUUAAAGCUGCGUGACUACCUUCUUCGAGCAAUAAGUGAAAAAACAGAAAGCCUGAAACAAGAUGCAAACAAGGAGAAUUUCAGGGCAUUGUCCGAAGUUUGCCUUGCAAGGCUAAUUAUGUUUAAUAAGAGAAGAGGCGGGGAGACAGCACGAAUGAAGUUGGCAGCCUAUUCCAAUCGCUUCAACUGGAAGGACAACCAUAACCAGGAAGUUCUACAGUCGCUGUCCACUUCCGAGAAGCAGCUCUGUGAUAAGUUUGAUAUGGUGGAAAUUGUAGGCAAGAGGAACCGAAAGGUUCCAGUUAUAUUGACUCCAGACGUGAUAAGCGCCAUGGAUUUAUUAACUGACCCAACGUAUCGAAAGAAAGGCUGUGUGCCGGAGGAAAAUGAUUACGUUUUCCCAAUGAACAACGCUUCAUCCCGCCACAGCCUCAGAGGAAAUGAUGUGCUGAGGCAUGUUUGCAAGAAUGCCCAGCUGAACGCAGACAGCCAAGUCACGUCGACCAGCAUGCGGAAGUACGUAGCCACGGUCUCCCAGUUGGUCGACAUGAACGAAAAUGAGAUGGGAUGGCUCGCAGACCAUAUGGGUCAUGAUUUACAUGUACAUAAGGAGUACUACAGAUUACCACAGAGCACCCUGGAGAUUGCUGUGGUCGGAAAUCUCCUUUUGGCCAUCGACGAGGGAAGAGCUCACAAAUUCAAGGGGAAAAAUCUGCGGGAUAUCAAUAUUGAAGAUUUUGGAAAUGAUGAUGAUGAAGUGACCAAAAACAAAGAAAUACUAGACAGUAUUGCCGCUAAGAAGAGAAGGGCUCCACAAUUGGCCAUAAAAUGGACGACGCCAGAAAGAAGACUGGUCAUCAAUGCAUUUGACGAACAAAUAAGUCAGGGGGAACUGCCUAAAAAGAAAGAAUGUGAGAAGUUUAUUGCUGAGCAUCCCCAUAUGAUGGCAAAAAGGAGUUGGAAAAAUGUUAAAGACUUCGUUAGAAACAUCGAAACGAAAACCCGUUAG